AUGCAUCUAGCAACAUUCAUAGCCAUUACCGGGCUGCUAAUAGGUGUGUACAUCGUCACGCGACGGAAAUCAACAUCUUCUUUGCCCCUGCCGCCAGGCCCAAAGCCAUUGCCGAUAAUUGGCAAUGUUCACCAAGCUCCCAAGUCCCACGGCUGGCAAACAUAUCGUGAAUGGAGCAAGCAGUAUGGGCCAAUUGUUCACGUCAACAUGCUUGGGCAGUCUGUCGUCGUUCUAUCUACGUCUGAAUUGGCAACCGAGCUAGCCUUGAAAGGGCUCAAUAUCCUCAUGAUGAAUUACACCGAUCAAUUCCGACAACAUCAGAGGCUACAGGUCUCGGUGUUGAACGCGACGCCGGCAGCCGCCUAUCUCCCCUUCCAAACUCUAGAAUCGCAACAAUUGAUGCACGAUCUCCUAGAGAAUGCGGGUGGUGCUGGUGCUGAGGUUCAAGGACAUUUCCAGCGCGCUGUCGCUAGUAUCAUCCACACAUUGUUGUAUGGCUUCCGUGUCAAAGACUACAACGACCCGGUACUUCGCACCGUUGUGAAACUCAACGAGGAGUUCUCCGAGUUUAUCCAGGUUGGCGCGCACAUUGUCGACCAGUUCCCUGUUCUAAAUAAUCUGCCCGGCUUCUUGGCUCCAUGGCAAGCAAAGGCUGAGAAUCACUACAAAACCAAGUAUGAUCUGCGCGACGAAAACUUCCGGCGGGGCCAGGAGUCGGACGCCUGGAAUAUAUCAAAGCACCUCAAAAAGACUGUCGAAAAGGAUAAUCUCGAUAUGCCCUUGCACGAACUAGCGUUUGAGCUUGGUACCAUGAUCGACGCCGCGCUGGACGGCACUACAGACAGCCUGAUCUGGUUUGUGGUGGCUUGUAUCACACAAGACCAGGGUUUCGUCGUCAAGGCACGCAAGGAGCUGGAUGCCUUUGUCGGACACAACCGACUCCCAGUCCCAGAUGACAAGCCCAACCUGCCGUACAUCACCGCGAUUGUCGAAGAGAUAUUCCGAUGGCGACCCGCUGGCCCCGAGGGCGGAUCUGUUAUUAUACCCAACGUUUGGACAAUAUCCCGAGAAGAGGCCUUGUUUGGCCCGGACCCCGACGAUUUCAAACCGGACCGCUGGCUCGAUGAGGACGGCAAAACGCUCAAAGACCUCCCCGCUGCUGCAUUUGGCUAUGGAAGACGGACCUGUCCUGGGCGGUAUUUUGCCCGCAAUGUUAUCUGGAUCGUCGUGGCCCAGCUGCUAUGGUCAUUUGACAUCAAGGCUGGUUUAUCUGAGGAGACGGGCGAGCCCGUCGUCGUUGACCCACUUGCAUGCACCUAUGGCCUGGUUAUGCGGGCUCUGCCUUUCAAGGCUUCUUUCAACCCUCGUGGGCCUUGGGUGCGUGGCGUGAUUGCCAGAAACGGUGACACUUAUGGCAAGGAUCAUGUCGCUAUGCUCAACCAAAUUGGCGCGGAGUUCGCUAAGAUGUAA